AUGAGCGAUGACAGUGAUCUGGAAUGGUUCCUACCGCCCACAGCCGUCAACAAAGAAAGUAAAGGUUUCCAGUCGGGUGAAAUCGAUCAUAAAGACAUUAUGUCGAAGAACAUGGCAUCAAUGUUUCUGUGUCGGGACCUGUCUGAUGUCACAUUCAUGGUUGAAGAAGAGGAAUUUCCUGCUCAUAAAGCCAUGUUUCUUGGUGGAUUGAAAGAGAACAAUGACGACAAAGUCGUGCUCAAGGAAACCAGUGGCUUUGCUUUCCGUGCUCUUUUGUGGUAG